CCGCAUUUGUUUCGUAGAGUGGUAAUUUCACGAUUAUCAACUUUACACUGUUGAAAUAAGUGCUAUGAAAAUUAUAAAUUAACCUUUACGGUUGUCAUCCGGCUUAGAAAAUAUUUGAUUUUAGCAAAGAACUUGCGCUCGAUUUGAGAAAAAUAUUACUCAAACAAUCCCACGUUAUUCUGAUCUUAAAAUUAAGAUUCCUAUUGCAUAACGUAACCUUACUAACUGGCUGCUGGCAUAAAAUUGAUCUAAAAUGGAAGAAGUAGAAAAGGACAAUGAAAAUGAUUUCAAACGCUCCAAGGAUCGGAGUCCGUCCCCAGGCGUCAAAUCGACUGCGGUGGUGAAGUACACAGCGUUCCAGAGCCCCGUGGGCUAUGCGCGGCUGCAGUGCAACACCGACCUGAAUCUACCACCCUCCAACUGGGGGGCGGCCAUCGACUCCUACGGCUUGAAGCAGAUAUUGACUGGAAACACUGGGCUAUCUAGUUUCAGGAUGGCGCAUAUGUUCCCCGACUGCGUGGGCGAGGUGGACGUGAUCUCGGGCGCCGAGUGCAUCAAGAAGCUGCUUAAGCUGCCCUACCAGCCCAACGGCACUGUAAGCAUGAUCGUGCACCGCAUCGAGAACACUUUACUGUUGGACGAUUUCGACGUGUACGACUACCUCAUGAAGUCGGAGUGGUCGUGGCUCAAGGACUUCUUCUAUGAGAACGUCUUGAAGACCAUGUCGGAACAGGAACGUAUGACGCUAACGCUGGCACCAGUGGCCCCGAGUUCGGCGCUGCAGCUGACGCACAAGUUCUUAUCGCACAGUGUCGCUUCCCGCCCGCCGCCCGCCCAGGCGCCCGCCCUUGCGCCCGUCGCGCUCACUGCCCCGAGCUCGCUGCAGCUGACGCACAAGUUCCUAUCGCACAGUGUCGCUUCCCGCCCGCCGCCCGCCCAGGCGCCCGCCCUCGCGCCCGUCGCGCUCACUGCCCCGAGCUCGCUGCAGCUGACGCACAAGUUCUUAUCGCAUAGCGUCGCCUCCCGCCCGCCGCCCGCCCAGGCGCCCGCACUCGCGCCCGUCGCGCUCACUGUAACAAGCGACAGGCGUGACGUCACGCUGGCACCAGUGGCCCCGAGUUCGGCGCUGCAGCUGACGCACAAGUUCUUAUCGCAUAGCGUCGCCUCCCGCCCGCCGCCCGCCCAGGCGCCCGCUCUCGCGCCCGUCGCGCUCACUGGCCCGUACCUGCCGGAGCCGGAGCCGGCGCGCGACGAGGCGCCGCCGGACCACUUAUACAACCGCAACGUGCACUGGACCUUCGAGGACAUACACAUGCUCAUAGGCAGCGACCUCCCAAUCUUCGGCGACAAAGACCGCCCCUGCGUGUCUCUCCGCCUACGGGACGCGAGAGAACCCAUCAACGUGUUAACAGGCAUCGACUAUUGGCUAGACAACUUGAUGUGCAACGUACCUGAAGUGUUAAUGUGCUACCACUUGGACGGAAUCGUCCAAAAAUACGAGCCAAUGAAGACGGAAGAACUACCCAAUAUGGAGAACUCGAAAUUCUCGCCGAAAGUUAUAAGAAACGUAGCGCAGAAUAUUCUGUCGUUUUUGAAGUCGAAUGCGACGAAGGCAGGGCAUACGUAUUGGCUGUUCAAAGGGCCGCAUGAUGACGUGGUCAAGUUGUAUGAUCUGACGUCACUGUGCCCGGAUUCCGUGGAUAGCCCGUUUACGAGUCCCGUUGGGAUGCUGCUGUAUAGAGUUGCCAGGAACAUGCGGCUGGCAAACAGGUCAGAACACGUGCGGCAACUAUUAGAACACGCUAUAGAACUCCUCAAGGCGGAAAAGUAUCCGCAAAUAGUGGCGUCUUCACACUACAUGUUGGCUGACUUAUACGUGCCAGCUAAUACUAACCCCGCCUGCCCGGACUUUAAAGAAGAAACCAUAGAUCCCGACAGUGAAGACCCAGAAUUCGCAAAGUACGCGGAACCGUGCGAUGACGACAGCGAGUUUGACAGAGACGGCAAGUCCAAAACUGACGAGUGUGACAAGGACGGCAAUAAAGAGAGCGAGAAAGACACUGCGGAGAAGGAGGGAGAUAGCACUAAUACGCUGGCUGUUCAGAGCAGAGGCCUGGCUUUGAGGGAUAUUGGCAAUCGAGUGAGAGAAAGUACUGGGGAAAACAAACGCAAAGCGAGCAUGUCUGGUGGACUCGGAACGGCGCCGCCCGACCGUUGCGGCGGAGCUUUAAAACACGCUCUCAAAGGCUUACUAGCGCUCCACAAUGUCACCAUAGACAAGUGCAAGGAAGAAGAGCGCGAACGCCUCAGGCAACAAAUCAUAAUCGAAGAACAGCAUCCAAAAAUGGCGAACCCGUACGAACCCAUCAAAAUGGACUACGAGCCAAUAACGAAGAAGUCCGAAUCCAAAGAGCACACGUCCAGAAGCAGACGACGACGACGCGAGCGAAAGACUUCGGACAAAACCGGCAACUGUUUGAUCGAAUCGAACUCGAAUAUCGACAAGAACGCUAUACUCAUCAGGAAUAAAAAGAAAAUAUUCCCAACUUGGCACGAGCCAAGUAGAGAUGACAAUUUCGCGUGGAAACUUCAUUUGAAGACGCUGUUGUAUGAAAAGAUAUGUCUCGCGUACGCUACAUUGGCUGAGUAUAGCUACUCGAAUGAACAGUACGGGUUUUCCUUGAAGUAUAUCGAUAUGGCGAGUAAGUGCCAGAAACUGUUGAGCAACAUGAUUAUUAAGAGUCGGGUCGUGGACGCGAGCUGUCUUAUAGGCAGGGUCGGCGACAACUACUUCCAGCUCAGCAAGAACUGGCACCGGCUGGAACAGUUCCGCGCGCAGUUCGACACCGACCACGAGCUGGAUGCUCGUCUUAGACUAGAAAUAGAGAGUGACAUGGCGGAAGAAGUUGACGGGAGUGUGGAGGACGAGUUUGAUCUGGCUUCACCGCAAAUCUCCUCUAGUCUCAUCUCUCCGCUUGUGUCCUUUCGUCUCCGCUCCUCUCCUAUAAUAUUCAGCAAGAACUGGCACCGGCUGGAGCAGUUCCGCGCGCAGUUCGACACCGACCACGAGCUGGAUGCUCGUCUUAGACUAGAAAUAGAAAGUGACAUGGCGGAAGAAGUUGACGGGAGUGUGGAGGACGAGUUUGAUCUGGUUUCGCCGCAAAUCUCCUCUAGUCUCGUCUCCUCUCCGCUCGUGUCCUUUCGUCUCCGCUCCUCUCCUAUAAUAUUCAGUAAGAACUGGCACCGGCUGGAGCAGUUCCGCGCGCAGUUCGACACCGACCACGAGCUGGAUGCUCGUCUUAGACUAGAAAUAGAGAGUGACAUGGCGGAAGAAGUUGACGGAAGUGUGGAGGACGAGUUUGAUUUAGACCUAACCUGGCCAGCGAAUGAGACAGAAGCAAUGCUGUCGUCCUGCUCAUUCUACCGGCGAGGUAUCGAAGCUGCGGGAGAUAAGCGAAGCGAACUGCUGCGGCGUCUAGCGUCAGUUAACAACGAGCUGGCUGUCAGAUACAUGAAUACCGCGCAACAAAUCUACGUCAAAUACGCCGAAGAGCCCGACCUAAAGGCAGACAAAGCCAAAGCCCUACUGAAGCAAUUCGCGUCUCUCUCGCGCAAGUCGGCGCAGUGCUUGGACGAGGCGACUUCACUGUUCGAGCGAGUGAACGACGCGCCCAACUUGGCUCUUUUGCUGUGCAAUAAGGCGCGCUACCACCGCUUCCGAGCGCACUGCAGUCAAGGGGACUUUGGGUUAGUGACUUUGACAUCCAAGUCGGCGCAGUGCUUAAACGAGGCGACGGCGCUGUUCGAGCGAGUGAACGACGCGCCCAACUUGGCUCUUUUACUGUGCAACAAGGCGCGCUACCACCGCUUCCGAGCGCACUGCAGUCAAGGGGACUUUGGAGUGAUAUGCCCAAGCAAAGGCCCGGUUUCCACCAAAGCGAAGCGGUGCGGAGCGGAGCAGAGAAGAGCGGAGCAGUGCGGAGAUGUCUCAGGUCCUCGGGCCGCGCUCGUGUGGGACCUGGUCGCGUGGGAGCUGUCCUGCCACCUGUACACGCGCGCCGGGCUCAUGCAGGACGAGCCCGAGCGAGCGCCGGAGGUGUCAGAAGUAGCGGACGCCCUGAAGCACGCCCUAAAGCACUGUCUACUCGGUGCCGGGCCGCGUCAGUAUCUGUACCAGUUCCGCGCAGCCAUGAUCCACCAUCGCCUCGGCUCGCUCUACCACUCGCAGUACAGGAUAACAAGCGAAGACGGCCCCAAACGCCGCACGUUACUAAACGCGACCCGCCACAACUACGCAGCAGCUGCUAAUAUGUUCGCGACCCUCGAAGACGCUGCCAUGUUCCUUACCGUGACUAUGGAGCACGUGGCCGCGCUCGAGACUCAGGCGCAAGUGACUCCGAACCUUAAACUAAAGUCUCUCCAAAACGCCGUCCAACUGCUAAGGCAGUGCCACUCCAUCAUGAAGGUCAUCACAGACCGCGACCCAGAAGACCAGAAAGACCAGCCGAAACCGGAAGACGGCGACGAAAAGACCAUGAAGAACGAACACAGUCUCUUGGGUCUGUUCGAGAAUCGACUGCACUUUAUACUGAAAAGUAUAAUACAGUAUUGCAGGUCGAAGAGCAAUAAAGACUAUGAGAAAAUGACGGACAUGUAUAAGAAGUUAUAUUCGGCCAGUUUGAGGAUUAAGAAAGAUGAUGACGUCAGAAUUUACGCGGGAAGCGUAUGUGAGGUGCUCAUAGCUAUGGAUCAAAUAGAGAAAGAGUUUGAGUGAGUUAUUCUUUCUCUUUUUUUAUUUAGGGCCUCUUUUUUAUUUCUCAAUGUUCAGAUAACUUUGACUAAUAGAAUAAGGGAUGAUUUUUCAAUCGUCAGAUAACACUGAAUAGUAAGUUCGGGUCAAAUAUGGGUCAAUGACAGUUUCUGUUUGGGAAAUAUUAAAAAAAAAAUUCUUCGUGUGGUCGUUUCAGCAAUUGACGCCCACUGCUGGGCAAAGGCCUUCCCCAAAGGUUUUUAAUGAAAAAAAAAAAAUUCUUCAGUUAUGAUUUCUGACGUUUGAAAAUUUUGCUCUAAGUUUGACAUUUGACAGUUUUUAUAGAAAAUAUGUCAACAAGACCGUUUUGAUCUUAAAAGUUAUUUUGAAAAACUUGCCCUUAAUGCAUUGUGGUUUGACAUGUUUAUAGUGUUCUUAUAAUUGAGUAUAAUCACCAUAAAAUAAACGAUUCCUAUAAUAUUAUGAUGGAGAACUGACAAUAUACCAGAAGUUAACAUACCAGAAUUGGUAGUUACUUUCUUGGGAAAUAAAUGCUUAGAUGAGUAAAUAGAUCUAUUCAAAUAUGAUUUUCAAGUGAGAUUGGCGUUGUACUAGGUAGUAAAACAAUUAAAUGACAAGCUAUUAAUUUUCUAAUAGUCGUAAAAUGCUAAUGAAAAAAGCAACCAAGUGCCUUAAAUUAAUAGUAAUUAGUAAAACUUUUGGUUGUAGAUUUAAAUACCACAUUAGGGUAGUAGCCACAGUUUUCCACCAUCUCAUACUUCCCAGUUAUGGUUUAUUAAAAUUUGACUAUAACUAUGUAUAUCAUUAGCUAUAAAGUUGUGUAUAAUCUUGUACAAUGAAGACUGAUGUUAGUGAUAAUAAUUUAAGUAUGAAAAUGAUUCGAAUAAAUGAUUUAUGUAGAUA